UGACCAGAAACACGUGACUGUGGAGUAGCGCUCACUGCAGCAGGGCCCGGGGAUGCGGGGACCCGAGCUGGGGCCCAGGGCGACACCAGACCUGAGCAGCGAGCACAGAAGGUGCUGGGUGAUUCUGGAUCAGAGCCAGCGUCAACACUCGAAAUAACACGCACUUAAUGAGUGACAUGCAGUACACAUGGAAUAUGGUGCAUGACGACACACAUUGUCAGAGGAGCAGGAUAGAAACAUCAUCCAUGACGGAAUGUGUACGUUUCGUCGUAAAUGUCGAUAUACGUAAAUGCAAUAUUGUUAUCUAAUGGCUUGAUAUUAACUCGUUUUAAAUGUCCACUUAGUUCUAAAUCCGAUGCAUAUUUCAAAACAAAAACAUGAAAAAGGAUUCUUUAUCGGUGACCGACCGCACCAAACUCCGUUGACAUUUCUGAUGUUUAAAGACCUUGGCGGUGAAACGUGGCUGAUACAUGGAUCGUUUUUCAUGUUUUGGAUCCAGAAAGUGAAAACAGAUGUUCCUGACAAAUUCGGCGCGUGUUGGGGGGUGAAAUCAAGGCUUGUUCUUCAUCAAAGCAGUUUUAUUCGACUCGUCAUGUAACGCGUGUGGCGAGGUUACGCAAGCCUCGCCGGCCGCUCAGCGGAGUGCGGCUAAGCUAACGGAGCUAGCAGCGCGGCGUCGGGGUGUAGCUCCUCCAGCCCGAUGGUCUCCUCCUCCUUCUGUUCCGCCACUACUUCUGCCAGAGUUCGGCUCUUCUGCCGACACUUCUACAGCCGCUGGAUGGGAGAGAUGGCUUCCAAGAGCGUCAUACCGAAGCCGGAAGAGGCGCUCCCUGGACGCAGCGAGGCGCUGCAGGUGUCCCCUAAACACGCCAGCAACGGAAACACCACCGUCCCACCGUUCCCAGGCGGCACCGAGAUCGUCUCCUUCGGGAUGGGCUGCUUCUGGGGGGCGGAGCGCCUCCUCUGGCAGCAGAAGGGAGUGUUCUCCACCCAGGUGGGCUACAGCGGGGGCUUCACCCCGAACCCCACCUACAAGGAGGUCUGCACAGGUCUGACCGGACAUGUGGAAGUGGUGCGUGUGGUCUUCCAUCCAGACAAGAUCAGCUUUGAAGACCUGCUGAAGGUGUUCUGGGAGAACCACGACCCGACCCAAGGGAUGCGUCAGGGCCACGACAUCGGAACCUCGUACCGCUCCGUCAUCUUCACCACCACGCAGAAGCAGCUGGACAAGGCGGCGGAGUCACAAAACCACUACCAGAAGGUUCUGACCGACAAAGGUUUUGGUCAAAUCACCACGGAGAUCGCAGAAGCCAAGGCCUUCUACUACGCCGAGGACUACCACCAGCAGUACCUGCACAAGAACCCGGACGGCUACUGCGGCCUGGCCGGCACCGGCGUCUCCUGUCCCAUCGGGCUCAAGCCAAAGAAGUAGCAGAGCGGCGGAGGCUGGCGCCACCUGAUGAAUCACGACGAAUCACAUUUGGAGAGUCACAUUGAAUUUAAAAAUAAUUCUAAAUCAAAUUUUCAACUAAAUAAAACAGAUGAAAAAAGAUUUUUUUUCAUGAAAAUUUAGGAUUUUAGUUACAGUAUCUAAUGUGGUGUCUGUGUUUACAGCAGAGAUUUUUUAACUUUAUCUGCUACUGCAGUGAAGAAAAUUUAUUUUUUUUAUCCGUCCUUAGUUAAAGAAACGAAGGAACCAAACGGCUUCUCAGUUUUAAUGCAAACAUAGAUGCGGCUUCGGGAGGAGAAUCUCAGCUUCUGUAUUCGCCUUUGAAUCACAUGUAAACGCUACUCCAUAAUAAAGUCCCGCGGAAGCGAGAA